AUGACUAAACUCUAUCAAGCGUUCACUAAAUACAGACUCACUAUUUACAUGUUUGGUGAUACAAAUCAAUGUGAUCCAGUAGAACCAACUGAUAUGUUUUAUGAUUAUUUCACAUCCAUUCCAGUCUCAGAGAUGUGCCCACGACGGGUUGAAAUGAAGUAUAUAGAAGAAUAUGCUCGAUACGAUCCACAAACACGGGAUCUCUUAACCAAGUUUCUCAAGAGUGGUACUAUCAAACACCAAUUUCAACCACCAAAAGAUAGUUACGAUAAUAUAUGCUAUCUGAAUAAAACAAGGCAUGUCACGCAAGAAUGCUGUAAUAGAUUUACAGAAAACUUGGAAUAUUAUGAGAUCGAUUUCAAAUAUCAAGGACAUAGGAAGAAAUAUAAGGUAGCGGUCGGAAUGCCAAUGUUAGUGACACAGAAUAUAAGGAAUAAAAACAUGUUCAAUAUGGAGCAGUAUAACAUUGACAAUAUUGGGGAAUCUGAAGAUGGCAAUCUCAUAUUUACACUAAAUGACACAACAUUCAGUCACAGUGAAUUCCGCGAAUCUUUCAUCCCAGCAUUUUGUGUUACAGUGUAUAAAUAUCAGGGAGGAACAAUAAGCACCCCAUAUAAUAUUUAUGAUGUUGAGAAAAUGGACAAGAAACAGCUCUACACAGCAUUAUCUAGAACAACAGAAUUAAAUCAUGUCCAUCUUGAUACAACAAAAUUGAACCCUAAAUACAAAAUUAGAAUGCCGCCGCAUUACGUGACAGUAAAUAGCUACUUUAAUGAUGAUUACCACAAUGGUCAAAUUUACAAGAUCACAUUCGAACACAACAAUAAAUUGUAUAUUGGUAGCUCUAUCAGAAAUCUACAAGAACGGCUCAAUGAACAUGUGACCACCAAAUCAAGUGCAAUAUAUCAAUACAAGAGUGACAACCCAGUAAUCACACCAAUAAUACGCGCACAUUGUAAGGAUCGUCAAGAAUUAAACAGAGUGGAAGCCGAAUACAUCAGAUAUUAUCAAGAACAAGCAAAAAGCUGA